UAAUGUCAUCUAAUGUGUAUUUUAUUUUUACAUAAGAAAAUUAAAAAAAUUAUAAAGUUACAAAGCAUUUAUUCAAAUUAAAUCAUCAAUAAAAGAAAACUCUCAAUAGCAUAAUUUUCAUCAUGGACAGCGAUCACAACCCGUUUUCAGGUCUAAUCCAACAAAAUCAGCAAGUGAUUGAUUUAAAUCAAAAAUUAAAUGAGCUUAUCGAAAGUGUCUUCUUGUUCACAAUCAACAAAAACAUUCAUUCCGAUUCGAAGCAAUUUGUUUACAUGGAGGAAUUCGCCUCCCAAGCUGAUGGAAGUACCUUUGACAUGGAUCUUUUGGAACAAGCCCUCUUCGAGAGGCUACUCUUGCCAAAUCUCAGUGAAUAUUUGGUUCCGAAGGGCGUUGCAUUAUCAGAGAAUGAAACGAGUUAUGUGGCAGAAACGCAAGUCAUUGUUUAUUUGUGUCGAGCGUUUAUUGAAUUGGAAAAGCGUAGGGCUAUGAAUGAAGAUGCCAGUUUGUUGGAUGUAUUUGAGCAAAUUAAAAAGUUAAUUUUGAGGAAUUCCAGUACAUCAAUGAAUCAACCGUCACUCUACGAAGGACAAUCUUUGCACUCACAAUGGCUGGAGUUGCUGCAGGAUGACAAUGAUGUGGAUUAUAAGCAAGCUUUUCUUGAAGGUACUGCCAAAGAAAUGUAUACCGAUGACGAACUGGCUUCAAUGGGCAGUCUUAAAGCCAUCUUCUAUCCAAUGUUCAAUGAAGUGCAAAAAACUCUAACAAAAUCAAAUUUAAUUUCAUUGCCUAAAUGGGUUUACACCCUGUUGACAUAUUUCGUUCGAAAUAAAACAGUUCCUCAGUUAGGAGAAAUAAUCAUAGACUAUUCCACACCAAAUCCAAACACAAAUGGACGAGCUUAUAUGGAAACUCUUUUUGGGCAGUUGUUGACAAUGUCGAUAUUACCUAAAAACGACAACGGUCCAUAUGACUAUUUCGGAUCGUUAUCCGAAAAUUCAACAAAUGUCGAUCAUCUUAACAGCUGUCUGACUAACCAUCAAAACAAUAUAUUUUCUAUCUUUAAAAUGUUACUAGUACUCGGGCCGCAAGUUAAGAACAAGACAUUAAAUUGGAUUGCAAAUUGCUUGCAUGCCAAUGCACAGCGCUCUCAGAUAUGGACAAUGCACAAUAUGGCGCCAAUGCCCAAUUCGGGUGCAAGUGAUGCCUUUAUGUUUGGUUUAUGUUCGGUGCUUCUUCGACUCUGCGCUCCGCUCUGUAAACCAACGUUGAAGGUGCUUUUAGUUGAUCCCACUUAUUGUGCAACACCGGAGAGCAAGUGUUCUGCCAAAGAGGUAAGGCUUAAGAAAGCAUGGGAUGAGACGUGCCUCUUACCAGUAGAAGACGGUGAAGAAAGAAUAACCGCAGAGACGUACAACUUCGUAACUGAGCUAUUUUUUAUGACACAUAAAGCAAUCGAACUAAGUUACCGAGUUGGAUAUGAGAAAUCCAUUCGAAUAACACGAGAAAACCAGAAUAUGUUAGCAGCAUACCAAGACGCUAUGAAUCAAUUGAACACUGGAGCAGCUGAUACCAUUAUGCGAAUGGUAACAUCACAAACGCAAAAGUUCUUAUCCAUGAAAAAUUAUUUACAAAAUCCGGAAAACGACAAACACUUGCUUGGAUUCUGCGAAGCGACAGCUAUUUGGUUAUUGCAGGUAAAUGCAAAGUCAAAGGAACAGUUUGACGCUUUGGCUUCCACUAAAUGUUUUGCUCCAAAGGAUCAGGUUUCAGUAAUGCUUCCACUUGCUGCGUACGUCCCACCUUACUUGAAAUCGAUUCCUGAAACCAUUUUAGAAAACACAGUUGUUUAUUUUAAUUUCAAUCGACGCUUCUUCUCCUCCACCGAGCGACCACAUUCGUUUUUUAAAAUGGUUCUUGCAUUUAUGGGAAGCGCACAACGUGUAAAGAAUCCACAUUUGCGAGCAAAACUUGCCGAAGGUCUAGAGAGUCUUUUGCCAAAAGAAAAUGAAAAUAGAUCAGCAGCAGAUCUCUUCACUAGCCAUCCAGAUCGUUUGCAAAUAAUUCCCAAUUUAUUAGAAGUUUUUGUAAGCAUUGAAAUGACUGGACAAUCAGUUCAAUUCGAACAGAAAUUCAACUAUCGUCGACCAAUGUAUGCAAUCAUGGAAUUCUUGUGGACACUAGAAGAGCAAAGACAAUGCUUUAAAGAUCUUGCCAUAGAAGCUGAGAAAAAUAUGGAAGCUACCGAACCACCACUAUUUCUUCGUUUUAUUAAUCUUUUGAUCAACGAUGCAAUUUUUCUAUUGGAUGAGUCACUAUCGAAUAUGCAACAAAUACGCCAACAACAAGCAGCUCAAGAAAAAGGGGAAUGGGAAGCUCUACCUGCUAAUGAAAGGGAACAAAACGUAUCUAACUUGGAGCUAUUGAGAAUGUUGGCAAAGAUAUAUAAUACAGUUGGGCGUGAUACAAUAAAUAUUUUAAAAUUGAUAACAACUGAAAUCAAAGUUAUAUUUUCACACAAAAGUAUGGUGGAUCGAAUAGCGUCUAUGCUGAACUACUUUCUAUUGAAUUUAGUUGGGCCAAACAAGGGAAAAUUUAAGGUAAAGGAUAAAAACGAACUUAAAUUUGACCCAGCUCAUACAGUAAUGGAAAUAUGCCGGAUAUAUAUUAAUUUAAGUGAUUGUGAUAGUUUUUGCUUGGCAGUAUCACAAGAUGGGCGUUCCUAUAGCAGUAGUUUAUUUGAAUAUGCUGAGACAGUGCUAAUCCGUAUAUGUGGUGGGCAAUUGAUUGGUGAAAUGGAAGAAUUUGCUAUUAAGGUUAAAAAUAUUGAACAAAAAUACAAAGCAGAUCAAGAGGCUCUUACCAAUGUACCCGAUGAAUACUUGGAUCCAAUUAUGUCAAGUAUAAUGACGGAUCCUGUGAUAUUACCUAGUUCUAAGGUUACCGUAGAUCGAUCUACAAUUGCCAGGCAUAUACUAAGUGAUCAAACAGAUCCCUUUAAUAGAUCACCACUUACAAUGGACCAAGUUAUGCCUAAUUUAGAAUUAAAAGCAGAAAUUGAAAAAUGGAUUGAACAAAAACGAAUAGAAUAUAGUGAAAGGCAAAAAGAAGAUGACGAAGAUUAGAAAUAAAUAAAUUAACCAACACAUCGCGAUUCAGAUGUGUGCGAUUAUGUGUCCUUCAUUCCGUGUAAAUAAGUUAAACCAAAUAUAUAUAAAUGUGUUAACAUUAAAAUAUCA